AGUACUCACGCUGGUUCUCGCGAUAUUUCCCUGACCUUAAAUACGAAGUUAACCCUCGUUGAAGGCCUCUUUCAAUCGGACUGGAGACAAAAUGUCUCACCGUAAGUUUUCAGCUCCACGACACGGCUCACUCGGUUUCCUGCCCCGCAAGAGGAGCCGUCGUCACCGGGGUAAGGCUAAGAGCUUCCCCAAGGAUGACCCCAGCAAGCCCGUACACCUGACCGCCUUCCUGGGCUACAAGGCCGGCAUGACCCAUAUUGUCCGUGAGGUCGAUAGGCCUGGCUCAAAGGUGAACAAGAAGGAAGUGGUCGAGGCUGUGACCAUUGUAGAGACUCCUCCCAUGAUUGUGGUUGGAGUUGUAGGCUACGUCAACACCCCCCGCGGGCUGCGAUCCUUCAAGACCAUCUUCGCUGAGCAUAUCAGCGAUGAGUGCAAGCGUCGGUUCUACAAGAACUGGUACAAGUCUAAGAAGAAGGCUUUCACCAAAUACUGCAAGAAGUGGCAAGAUGAUGAAGGCAAGAAACAGCUGGAGAAAGACUUUUCUGCCAUGAAGAAGUACUGCCAGGUCAUCAGGGUCAUCGCCCACACACAGAUGCGUCUACUGCCCUUAAGGCAGAAGAAGUCUCACCUCAUGGAGGUGCAGCUGAACGGAGGCACCAUCUCUGAUAAGGUGGACUGGGCCCGCGAGAAGCUUGAGCAGGCCGUUCCCGUCAAUACAGUUUUCACCCAGGAUGAGAUGAUUGACGUCAUUGGUGUUACAAAGGGUCAUGGGUACAAAGGUGUCACCAGCCGUUGGCACACAAAGAAACUUCCACGUAAAACUCAUCGUGGGUUGCGUAAGGUGGCUUGUAUUGGUGCCUGGCAUCCGGCCCGUGUGGCGUUUUCUGUGGCCCGUGCGGGUCAGAAAGGUUACCAUCAUCGUACAGAGAUCAACAAGAAGAUCUACAAGAUUGGCCAGGGCUACCACUCCAAGGAUGGGAAGGUUAUCAAGAACAAUGCCUCCACAGAGUAUGAUCUGACCAACAAGAGCAUCAACCCCCUGGGUGGAUUUGUCCACUAUGGAGAAGUGUCAAACGACUUUGUCAUGGUGAAGGGCUGCGUUGUGGGAACCAAGAAGAGGGUGCUGACCCUGCGCAAGUCUCUGCUUGUGCAGACCAGCCGUCGUGCUCUGGAGAAGAUCGACCUCAAGUUCAUUGAUACCACUUCCAAGUUUGGUCACGGUCGCUUCCAGACUGUGGAAGAGAAGAAGGCCUUCAUGGGACCACUCAAGAAGGACCGCAUUGCCAAGGAAGAGACUGUUUAAAGUCUCAAACAUCAGACCAUGUCUCUGCGCUGUCGUCUCCUGUUUUGCAGAGUUGUUUAAUAAAUAAAAAAGCUCAAGCUUG